AUGUCAGGGACACGCAAAGAUCCUAGACCACCAGGCAAACCUUUAUCGGAGGAGUACGGUACGAUGUACGAAGUCACCCAAAAGGAUCCACCACACCAACGACGAUGGAAACGAAACAAAUCAACCGAUGGCCUUCUGAUUUACGAGUCCCGUUACAUAAGUUUACAGUUUAUUAUACUUUUUGCCUCCAUACCUGCAUGCAUGAUAGACCUCGGGAAACCUAGGUGGCUACGCAAUUGCAGAACCAAAAUUAAGAAAAACGUGGUUUCAGAUGUCGCGCGCUUCUCAUGCGAAAUCCAUAAUGAUGUCAAAGACAUGGAGAAUGAGUAUCUAUCCAAAACAUUCCAUCCCUUCCAUUCGACUUUGUGUGCCCAAUUGAUGGUCGUGAAUAUCUUUGGUACUUUGUCCGCGAAUACUAACGCUUUCGAUGAUGGAAGAGAUCAUUUGCCUAUCCCUAGUCAUGAAGGAGUAUGA